GUGCAGAAGAUGCAUCUGGCCUUCCACCUGCUCCUCCUUCUGGUUGCUCCACUGGCCGUUUCCCAGGGUCAGUCCCAUCCUGGGCACAAGGAAGGAAAUCUCACUAACAGCUCCCAUCAAGAGACUCUGGGCCCAGGUGAGGGCUCCCCCAGCCUCAGGAUCGUCCCCAGCAAUACAGACUUUGCCCUCCACCUCUACCAUCUGAUGGCCUUUGAGUCCCCCAGCAAGAACAUCUUCUUCUCCCCACUGAGCAUCUCUGCCGCCCUGGCCAUGCUCUCCCUGGGGGCCCGUGCACACACCCGGACCCAGAUCCUCCAGGGCCUGGGCUUCAACCUCACAGAGAUGGCUGAGUCUGACAUCCACCUGGGCUUCCGGCAUCUCCUGCGCACUCUCAGUCUUGCUACUGACACUCUGGAGAUACACAUGGGCAGUGCCUUGUUUCUGAGCAGGGGGGUGCAGCUCCUUCCAAAAUUCCUUAAUGAUACCAUGGCCUUUUAUGAGUCCCAAGUCUUCCACACAAACUUCCAUGACUCAGAAGGUGCAGCUCAGCUUAUCAAUAACCAUGUCAUGAAGGAAACGCAAGGAAAGAUUGUGAAUUUGGCCAGUAAGCUCAGCAAGGACACCAUACUGGUGCUGGUGAAUUUCAUCUACUUCAAAGCUCUGUGGGAGAAACCAUUCAGUCGAUCCAAGACUACUCUCCAAGACUUCUAUGUAGAUGAGAACACAAUUGUCCAGGUGCCCAUGAUGGGGCAGGAUGGCCAGUACCACUGGUACCUUCACGACAGAUACUUGCCCUGCUCAGUGCUGCGGAUGAACUAUGAUGGGGACGUGAUGGCAUUGUUCAUUCUUCCAGACCGUGGGAAGAUGAAGCAAGUGGAAGAGGUUUUGACUCCAGAGAUGUUAGUAAGGUGGAACAACUUGCUUCAGAAGAGGGUCUAUUUCUAUAAGAAGCUGGAGCUGCACCUACCCAAGUUCUCCAUGUCUGGGUCCUAUGAGCUGGGUCAGAUUCUGCCCAAGCUGGGCUUCACCGAGCUGCUCUCAGAGCGGGCCAACUUCUCCGGCAUCACCGAAACGCUGAACCUAAAGAUGUCCAAAAGUUUCCACAAGGCCAUUCUGGAAGUGGACGAGAUCGGCACCAAGGCGGCAGCUGUCACAAACUUCUCGAUCAUCUUUAAAAGUGCCCGGAGGAAUCUCCAUGUGCUGAGGUUCAACCGGCCCUUCCUCGUGGUGAUCUUUUCCACCAAAACUCAGAGCAUCCUCUUUCUGGGCAAGGUGGUCAACCCAACGAAAUCAUAG